AUGGGAGAGCCUGAUAAUGUCACCGACUAUGGCAGCUUGUUCGACUAUGAAUAUGACUGCCAAAUGCAGGAGAAGGCCAUGCAGCUCUUCCACUCUGUGUUCCUGCCUGUGUUCUACAGCCUGACAUUUGUGCUGGGGGUAGCAGCCAAUGGCCUCAUGAUCACAGUUCUCCUGAGACGUCGGCACUUCCUCCGCAUCUCUGAGAUUUACCUUCUGCACCUGGCCCUGGCUGACCUCAUGUUGCUCUUUACAUUUCCAUUUGAUGUGGCCGAUGCUGUGACUGGGUGGAUGUUUGGCAAAUUUCUGUGCAAGUUUACAGGGCUGAUGAAAAACAUGAAUCAUCUGUCUGGAAGUUUCCUUCUUGCUUGCAUUGGAUUUGAUCGAUACCUGGCUAUUGUUCAUGCUAUCUGUAGUAUCCAAAUUCGACAGCCCAAAACAGUGCUUCGAAUUUGCAUUAUACUAUGGGCAGUUUGUUUGGUGUUCUCAGUUCCAAAUUUGUUCUUUUUGACUGUGAUAAGGAAUGAAACAAAUUCAACUUGGCUUUUUUGCGAUUAUAAUGCCAACAACUGGCUUCUGACCAACAGAGUUCUGAAUCAUCUGUGCUUUUUCUUGUCACUGUCUGUUAUGGCUUACUGUUACACUGCAGUGGUGGCCACUUUGUACAAAAGUCAAAAGAAUAAGACCAAACAAGGCGCAAUUCGUCUUGCUUUACUGAUAACGCUUGUGUUUUGCCUCUGUUGGCUUCCAUACAAUAUUACAUCAUUGAUGAAAACUUUGGUGGAUGUACAAUUAAUUAUAAAUAUUAGCUGUAAUUAUCAUGCAUCACUGACCUCUGCUUUAGAGGUGACAAAAUGCCUUGGCAUCUUCCACUGCUGUCUGAACCCUUUCCUCUAUGCUUUUGUUGGGGUGCGUUUUCGAAAUGAACUGAUAAAGUUGUUCUGUGAGCUGGGUUGCCGUCGUGUGUGUCUUCCAUUAAUGAGUAUGCGGAAUAACCAUCAUUCAUCCAUUUCAGAUGGAGAAAUAACCACAAACACCUACUGAGAGAAAUACUUUUGAGGCUUGUAAAU